GUGAAUAGAGGUUUUCAGCCUAUUCUGCUAUCUCGAUAUUGUUUUGAUAGUGCUUAGUAUUUUACCUCCUCUGUUAGUUAUUUACAACACCGUGACCGUCUGUGGACUUCCAUAAAAUGUAGUGUAUAUUUUUAUGGUGUCGAUGACUAGUGUUGGAAUAGUCCAAGCGCUUCCAAAAUUCUGUAAGCGACGAUUCAUGUUCGAUUCAGCUUGUGUUGUGGUAUUUAUCUGCACGUUGGGUUGGGUUGAUGGGAAAGCCAAGUUGUUUCAAGUCUUCAGUUCAAAGGCGGAAGGUAGGGUUAGCUGUUACAUUGCGAUGUAUGUGAUUUCGGUGCCUUUAUAGCGGAAGCAUGUUGCAGGUUACUUUGUUAAAACGGUUGCUAAGAACUCGUAUCUCGACAGUGGUGACUUUGUAGCUCUAAUUGUCAUGGAAUCCGAGUUGGCUACUUUUCAUUGCGAUACGCGUUUGGAAAUAAUGGGACUAGUGUUGUCUCUGGACAAUUAUUUCAUUAACCAAGUCACAUGCGGGUCAUUAUUAUGCGGGAACGUUAUGUCGAAGUCGCAAAUGGACCACCAUAACGUUACUGUGCUGUAGUUGCGUGCCUCGUUGCUCGUGAAAGACGUGGCAAAUGUAUGCAACAGGACAGUGAUAUGGGAUCCCAGAAAUUAUUGCUGGAGUGGUGCCGAUUACAGUGUGAAAACUAUCCCAGCGUGCAAAUCAAGGACUUGACCACUUCAUUCAAGGAUGGACUGGCAUUCUGCGCCAUAAUUCACAAACACAGACCAGACUUACUGGAUUUCCAUUCACUCUCAAAGGACAGUGGUUAUGAAAACAACCGUCUGGCCUUUGAGAUAGCUGAGACUCACUUGGGGAUCCCUGCAGUGCUGGAUCCAGCUGACAUGGUGUCCAUGGAGGUGCCAGACAGACUGAGUGUCAUCACCUACCUGUCUCAGUACUUCAUCCACUUUGCCAAGCCAUCAGAUGCUGAUUUCAGAAACUUCCGAUCGUCCGAAGUCCAAAACCCAUACAAAGAUGAGAAGAAGGGACUCCUCCUAUCCCAGCCUAUAUACCUGCCAAGAGCUCAAGUCACAAAUAUCUCAGGGGAGAGGGGGACGGAUCAGAGCAGCAGCAGCAGCAGCACAGCUCCAGGUACAGCUCCAGCUCCAGCCCACCUGUGCACUGCCUGCAUGCAGCGUGUUCACCUGGUACAGAGGCACAUGGUGGAUGGAAAGCUCUACCAUCGCCACUGCUUUAGAUGUAGACAGUGCUGCAGCACCCUGUUCCCUGGAUCAUACAGAACAGACAGUGAAACCGGCCUGCUCUUCUGUUCUAAUCUCUGCUUAAAAAAGCCAAAUGCCGUCUCCUCCACACAGCACAAAGCUGAGGCUCCGGCAGACGGCCCUAAGGAGGCCAGGACUCCAGGAAUGCCCCCUGUGUCCACCAGCCUCAUACAAAUAUGCACAGCCAGGGACGGACAAAGCUUUAAAGUUCAUGAGGAAAGUGAUGAUACAAGGGAGUCAAGUCAAGACAUGAUUGAUGCAUGCAUAGAAAUAUACGCUUUCCAGAUAGAUCCACCACCUGAGAUCAAGAAUGGCAAUUCGGUUGCAGAUGAACAAAGCUCUACAGUUAAUGAAGACCGGGAUCACGCAAAGGAGUCAAUUCCUGGGAAGCGGAAGGAGACUGAAGAACUGAAAGAGGUGAAACAUCAGAGACAAACUCUUGAAAAGGAGAAGUUCACGGUUGAUGACACCAAGAGGACAGGGGUUAGGUCAGGCCCUCCGGGAUCAACUCCCACGCAGGCUGAGAAGCCAGGGACAAACAGCAGGCCGGUGCCAGCACCCCGUAGGCCAAGAGCCCAGAGGCAGGAGCCCAGCAUGGCUAAUCCUCCCUGGCCACCCCCCAGGGCAGGCACAGGCACAGCCAAAGCCAUGAUGGACCGCUCCAAGUCUGAGGGUCAGGCAAACAAGAUUACGUCGAAGCCUGGAGAAGAGUCGCCCAGCGUGUCGAGAAGUUCGGACAAAGGCAGCGAGAGCCCCAAUCCUAAAAGUCCCCCGUGGAUGGACCUCAUCCACCCGGGUCCUUGGGCCAAACUCCCGCCGGUGCCCCUGCCGCGUCAGCCGCCACGCUCCACCUCUGUUCCCUUCCUCAGCGAGAUGUGGUCGCGACAGAAAUCCGUUCAUCUCUCCCCCGGUAAUCCCUUCGAGGAGGACGAGGACGAGGAGGAUCUGACUCCAGAGGGGUCAAAUGGUGCCACGUGCACAGCAGCGUGCCCUGAGGGGAACCAGAGCCACGACAAAGCACAGUCAACUGUGGUGACGUCAUCAUGUCACACACCGCAGUGUGGUACAGGAACCGAUGGGCCUGUUCAAGUCAGUGACCACAACCUGGCCAACUCUCCUCCUCGGCCACCCCUAUGUAUGAACAACACACCGGCUUGUGAAGGGGAAUCUAUUUCAAAGACUGCAGGGGUGGUGUGCUCUGAAAAAGACUUAAAUGGACCAGGGCAGUGCCAUUUUGCCACAGCCAGGGACAACCAGACGUCAAAAACCGACUGCCCUCAGCAACCAACCCAAUGUGUAAAUACAGCACCCGCUUCUGAAGGGGAAUUGGUUUCAAAGACUACACUGGCUGUGUGCUCAGGAGAAGACUCUAGCCCAGCAGGGCCCUGCCGUCCAGCCAAAGCUAACAAACAAGAAAGCGAGGCUAAAACCCACCGGCCAGCAGAAGCUAAUGGCGUGGCUAAUGGGUCUCAGGCCGCUGCUGGUCCAUCCGGUGUAUCAGAUUUAGCUGAGACUGCUGGUUCAGUGUGUUCGCUAAAAUUAGCUGAAGCGGUCACAGUACCUGAGGCCUGCAGAUUAGAUUCCUCUGCUGGCAGGAGUGAAUUAGAGACUUUGCCAAAAUCUGCUUUAGCCUCCUUACCCCCGAACAUUUCAGUGGCAGACACAGGCCAAACGCAAGAUCCUCCUGCGACAUGCACAUCAGAACUACAGAUACCAAAUCCACAACAUAGUCACCAAAGUAAAGUAUCUUCAUCAUCACCAACUGGAUCGCUCAGUGACGUGAGCUUUAAUCAUCAUUCAAAUUCCACUGGUCUGAUGGUGUCUGACAGUCCAACCACAAAUAAAAAGCCAGAGCUACCAAGUAAACCAAAUGUUAAUAAGGGAAUAUGCAAAGAAAACCCUUUCAACAGGGCGGCAACCCUAGCAGAGAUUCCUUGUGCUUCAUCAUCGAUAUCUGCCAAACCUGCGGCGCCCGGUCAUGGGUUUCCCCUUAUAAAGCGAAAGGUACAGUCAGACCAGGAUACGCUUGGCAAAGACCUCCAGACGGAGAGAGGAGAGCUGAGCAGGCAGCUGGAUGGCCUGGAGCAGAAGGGGGUGGAGCUGGAGAAGAGCCUGAGAAACUGCCAGAAUGAAAAGGAGGAUGAUCUUCUGGUGAACUGGUUUACCCUCAUCCAUGAGAAACACGUGCUAGUGCGCAGGGAUGCUGAGCUGGUCUACCUGGCAAAACAACAGACUCUGGAAGAGAGGCAGUCGGAUGUGGAAUAUGAGCUGAGAUGUCUCCUCAAUAAACCAGAGAAAGAGUGGAGCCCGGUUGACAGGGCCAGAGAGAAGCAGCUGAUGGCAGAUCUAGUCACCGUCAUCGAACAGAGGAACCAGAUCAUCAACAAUCUGGAUCAGGACCGCCAAAGAGAACAAGAGGAGGACCUGCUGCUAGAGGACAUGAUGAAGAGAAGAGACUUUCAAAGACCUUCCGAGCAUGAUGGAAAGAAGACCUUCAGCAGGAAAUUUAAGCCAAUGAAGAUAUUGAAGCAGCUCGGCCAUAAGACGGAGAGCAAAAAAGAAAAGACCAAAACCUCUCCCAAGAAGAACUGAAGACCAACCACAAGGGGCAGCCCUACAGCCUAAUUGCAGUCAAAUGUGGAAUAGUGGAAGUUUUAAUCAAUAAGUGAUGUUUUAUAAAUAAAAUAAAAUAAUAUUUUUAUAUAAUGAACUAAUAUUUUAACAUUUAAUGUUGACAUAUUUACAGACUGUAUUGCUAUGACCUAGUCAGUUAGCAUUAAAUGCAAUACUGUAUUUGUGUUACCUAUUAGCAAUAAAUGUCCUAUGAAAAGAUAAGCAUUUUUGGCCUUCAUUACAUUAUGGGGCUACAAAAGACUUUGGAGAGGAUCUUUAUUACAGAAUAUGGUAUCGUAAAUGCAAUUAUUUCUAAACUAUACAUUUUUAACUACAUAUUUUCAAAUUUUAUUGAAAAAUGUAUGCACCUCUGUCGGUACCCAGUUUCCAAAUAUUACAUGACGUUAACUUGACCAUGUAGGCAAUUUGGAUAGCCUAUAUUUCUGUUAUAAGCUCUGUUUUAAAUGACACUCAUACAGACUAUGCCUCAUUUGGUUUUAAAGUAAAAUGUUGUUGGUUUACAGAUAA